AUGUGGAGCGUUGAGGUUGAAUUCGGUCAUAGCAUACUCAUCUGGCAUAUUGCAACCGACAUAUGCUAUCAUUCUACAAAAGCAGCAGAAUAUCAAAAGAAAAAAUGGGAAGCGAGUAAGAGGAUUUCCAAUUAUAUGUUGUAUCUUUUACUCGUGCGUCCCUUCAUGCUGCCUAAAUGGAUCAACAGGAUUACACACAUUCGGAACACUUUCAGGGAAGCCAUAAGGAUAUUGCAGCGCGAGCAGCUAUCGGUGAAAGAUGCUGCAAGCGCUUCGAAAUUGCUGAUUCAAAUGAACACGCAGAGUCACCGGCCACUCGAACAACUCCGAAGGGAAAAGGCUGGCAAGUCUUUGCUACAUGAAGGGUGCCGCCUUGCUUUACAGCUUCAAAAUAUAUACAGUCCAUGUGACAUAAUUUGUGAUGUGUGGUUAGAGAUGCUUACUUAUGCUGCAAGUCAGUGUGACUGGGGGGCGCAUGCUCAGCAACUCCGAAGAGGAGGAGAAUUUCUGACUCAUGUUUGUCUUCUCAUGGCGGAACUUGGUUUGAGCAAACAAUUUGACAUUGGCCGGAAGGAAAGCAGCGUAGAAAGCCAAGAUGAUGGAUGGGGAUGCCUAAAAAAUUCUGUCACCUGA